CCGCUCACCGUGACGAUGGCCUCGACGGAGGAGCAAGAAUACGGUGGAUCAAUGGAAUAUUCAUACCACCGUACGCACUACCCCAACGCGUGCACGGAUGAUGAUCAUGCCGGCCUCUGUUACCCGGAAGACCCAGCCGAUCUCCUUGAUCGGCUGGAGAUUGCCGAACCCCAUGAGCAGCCGGCGCGCAUUGUUGCUGAUGUUUCAGAUCCUUGUGAAAUUGCCUGGCGUGCCUUGGACCUCAUGUUCCCACGCGAGGACGACGAGUGGAGCAGCUGGAGCGCGAGGGAGGGUAGUAGUGACGACGACGAUGAUGUUGACCCUGUACAGAUGAUAGACGGGGACGAGGAGACGGAUUGCCCAGGGGGAAAUGUAGUCGAUGACUGUAGCACAGAGGAAGGCGGCGAUUACGAAGAUGGAGGCGGUGAUGAGCAAGUGGUAGAUGAUGACGAAGAGACAAACUGCCCAGGAAAGCUUUACCCUGAGAGUGAAGCAGAGGAGAUAGAACGCAAAUGGGCAAAAAGCACCCUCCAACAGUUUAUAGAGCACACCAAGAUCUGCGACGAGAUAUUGGCCCUGGGUGAUGAGGAUGAGACCCCUUUACCUCCUCAUCCUAUGCAGGUGUUUCCUGACGCAACAUCUGCAUGUGUUCUUGGGUUAGACUGCCACCACCGUGUUUACAGGACCCAUGACACUUCUACCACCCCAUCAACUCUUGGGUAUCGCAAACCACAAGCUAUGCUACAAAUAUUUUCUUUGCGUUUAUCAAGCUUUGAGCCCUCGUAUACAACUAGUGUGUACGGGAUAUUUGCCAUUCGGGAUAACUUUGACCCGCGCCGGAAUUAUGUCUUCAACCAUUCCAGAGACGAUGCUGUCACCGUUCAGAAACAGGAAUCCUUUGUCUUACCUCUUUGUAGCCCAUGUCGAGGAAUGUAUUAUGAAUUAGAUAAGGCAUUAUUAGAAGUUGAUCUUUGGGAAAAGAAGGAAGGGGAUGAAUCAGCUGACAAGCAGCAAAUCUCUGGAUAUGUUGAGAUCGAUAUCGUUUUCGAACACGAUUUCCUGUUUUGUGGACGGAUUACUGUUGAUAAGUGCAAUUUGGACAUAACGUACACAAUUCUUUCAAGAAGUGUUGAGACUGUAAUACAAGUCUAUGCAAAGGUUGAUCAUCCUCAUCAUGUGAGGUUCACUGCUUUUAGCACUGGAUAUUGUAAGGAUGGAGUCAUGCUGUUGGAUGACAAACUAUUUGGGAGCGAAAAAUUAUUCCAGCAUAUCGUUGCUGUGAAAGCAAAUGAAGAGUUGGAUGUUGUUUUAGAAGUGGACAAUUCACUGUUCAAGUGGACUUUUCAGGAUGAAUAUGUCGGCGCUGUUAUCUCUCCUAAUGACUCGAUCUUUGACUAUGGCCUGUUUUUCGUGAGAGUGAUGUUUGCUCCAAAGGACUCUCAGUGAAGCCGUAGGUAAACAGCAGAAUUCUAUGGUCUGACUUAUAUGACAUUUCUAUGUAGUAUAUACAACUGGCCAUAUCGUGAAUUAUUUUUCCUAGUCCCAGUAUUAGUUGACCCAACGAACACUUUAUGCUAACCAACUUGGUUUAUCGAAAUUAGGAACUAGCCUUUGCUAUUGCUGCUAUUUCGACUAAAUUCCUGGGAGCCAAACAUGGAAGGACAUCUUUGCAUACCGAA